CCGUUCCGUCCCCUUGUGUGGAACCAAACGGAGCGCAAGCCGAACAAAACGCCGACGCCGCCGCCGCCGCUCCACCUCCUCUUCCUUCUCCUUGCCUUCCUCUCGUCGCCUCGCCUCCGCCUCCGCGCUCACCGGGACGACGACGCCGAAGCCGAAGCCUGCGCCCUCCACGACCCCCGCCGACCGUGCGAGCCCCGGAGCAACUGGCGUCCAGGGGGAAAGGGGAGGCGAGCCGCGAUGUUCUCCGGCGAGUGGACGCCGCAGUGCGGCGGCUGCUGCACCAAGAAGUACGCAAGCCUCGUCCAAAUCCCAUGGCGGGUCUUCUGCAAGAAGGGGUGCGACGCGGACGGCGACACCUGGGACGAGUGCGUAGGUAAAUGCACUGAAAUAUGCUACAAAGAUCCUGUUUUGGAAGAUCGUCAGUGGAGUGCAUAUAUCGAUCGGUCUCCAGGACAGGAUAGCUACUCCUUGGAGUGCUUCAAUGCGUGUGUUUCUGGAUGUGGUUUUAGGUUUGACAUACCAGCAGAGAAAGUUGAGCAGAUCAAGCCAAACAGGCCAUCCAAGCCACCACCACCUCCUGUAGUAGAACGCCCCACAAGUUCAGAACCUGUUGUGAAGGGCAACGACGUGCCUUGCACCUCAGCAUAGUCUAUGCGCUCAGCAGACAAUUUUGUGCAACUUUUGGUGCUUCUUUCUGUCAGAUUGUCACCCUGUAUUUUUUUGGGUGUUCCAUUGCACCUUAUGCUUGAAAUUUGCAGUGCAACUUAGCCUGGGCUAGAAUGCUAACAAGAUCUUCUUAAUGAUAAAAUAUCAAAUCUUAACUAUUUGUAUUUAUAUGUGUUUAUUCACCCCCACACUGCAUUCUUAAUUCUCACCG